AUGGCUUCGGUACGAGAAGUGUCCAGUUUCACUGAAGACUUGCUGUGCCCCAUUUGCCUCUCCCUCUUUCGGGACCCCCACAUGCUGGAGUGCGGCCACAGCUUCUGCGCUCCCUGCCUGGAGCCCUGCAUCCCCAAGGGGCAAAGACGUGGGCUCUGCCCCGAGUGCCGGCGCCCCUUCGCUUUGCGCCGCAUGACCAUCAACCGAGCCCUCUGCAGCUUAUCCGAGAAGGCCCGGCUCCUGAAGCUGGAUGAAGGGGCUCAGCUGAGUGGCACCGGCAGCUGGUACUUCUGUGAGGAACACGAGGAGCCCCUCAAGCUCUUCUGCAACCAAGAUGAGGAGCCCGUCUGCGUCAUUUGCAGGGACUUGCCUCAGCACCGGGGACACGACUUCCUGCCCAUCAAAAAUGCGGUUCAGACCUAUCAGGACCAGCUGAAAGCAUCUCUGGAGCCUCUUGAGGAAGAUCUCAGAAGGUUGAAACAGAGUCAGUGUCACCAGCAGGAGAACAUUAUCGAAUUAAAGACGUGUUCCGAAUCCUUGUCUGAUCAUGUCUCUGGAGAGUUUGUGAAGAUGCACCAGCUGCUGAACGACAGGGAGCUGGGUAUAAAGCAGGCCUUAGAAAACCAGCGAGAAAAGAACUUGGCUCAGAUGGAAACCAAGUUAAAGGAACUGGACUGGAAGAUGGCCUCAUGUUCAGAAACUCUGUGUUGCAUACAGGCCGGCCUUGAGUGCAAAGAUCACAUAAGUUUCCUUAAGGAGGCAAAAGAGUUGCUAGAGAGGGUCCGUAAGGAACAAGGAGCUCAUGAUGAACCUGAACUAGAUGCCGAAUUCGUAGGAGAAGAUGGGCUGGGGGCCAGCAGUGAAGACACAGAUGAGUGUGAGAAUGAGAUUGAUGAAGGGUUGAUGAGAGAGGAUGAAGACGAGGAGGAAGAAGAGGAGGAAGAAGAAGAGGAGGAGGAGGAGGAAGAAGAAGAGGAUGAACAAGAGGACGAACAAGAGGCUGCAGCAGGAGAAGAGGAGAAGGAAGAAGAUGAAGAUGGAGUGGUGGCUGUAGACUUGAACCUGGGCGAGUUUAAAGGACCUCUGCAAUUCUACGCCUGGAAGCAGCUCCUGGGUGCAGUCCAUCCAGUCCCUUCAAGCAUCACUUUGGACUGCAACUCGGCUCAUCCCAGCCUGGUCCUCGUGGAAGAAGCCACCGGAGUCAAGUUCAGUCCCGGCCGACGCUUUUGGCGACGAAAGCCAGAGCGCUUCACCUCGAGCCUGUGUGUGGUGGGACGGAAAAGCAUUACCACCGGGCGCUUCUACUGGGAGAUCCUAGUCGGGGACAGCACCGGUUGGGUUGUGGGGACGGCCAAAAAGUCUGUGAAGCGCAAGAAGCGACUGAACUUUCUACCCAAGGAAGGCGUGUGGGCCAUCGAGCUGAAGGCUGGAGAGUACCAAGCUCUGAGUGAACCCCGUACGCCCCUCUCGGUCUGCGGGAGGAUGGAAAAAGUUGGGGUCUACCUGGACUUUGAAGGGGGGCAGCUCUCUUUUUACAACAGCAGCAGCAUGACCCACCUUUACACCUUCCAAGAAUGCUUCCAUGAAGAGCUGCUCCCCUUUCUCAGCACCCAAAGCAGCUACCCCCUCUCGGUGUGGGAUCUGGAGCUCUGAGAUCUUAGCUCAGAGUGCCACAUUGCAAUGAACAGCCUGGUGAAGAUAUCUCAACAAGUUUUGGCUUACCUUGUCACCCUUUAAUGCUCAUCACCCUAUAAUGCUGUAGUAGGGCAUUGCAUGC